AUUCUCUGGGAGUGAGCGUUUAUAGCAUCCAUUUCCCGGAUCUGGUAACAUGGCAAAAGAUGCCGGUCUAAUUGACGCCAACGGAGAGCUAAAGGUCUUCAUAGACCAGAACCUUAGUCCCGGAAAAGGUGUGGUGUCCCUGGUCGCCGUCCACCCCUCCACUGUCAACCCUCUCGGGAAGCAGCUGCUGCCAAAAACCUUCGGCCAGUCCAACGUCAACAUCGCCCAGCAAGUGGUGAUCAGCACACCCCAGAGACCCGCGGCGUCGAGCACACUCGUGGUGGGAAGCCCGCACACGCCCAGCACGCACUUCGCCUCCCAGAACCAGCCCUCUGACGCCUCGCCCUGGUCUGCCGGGUGAGCACGCCCCCGUGGCGAGAAGCACGGCAAGGGGCUGCGGCACUUCUCCAUGAAGGUCUGCGAGAAGGUGCAGCGCAAGGGGACAACGUCCUACAACGAGGUCGCCGACGAGCUGGUGGCCGAGUUCAGCGCCGCGGACAGCCACAUCCUCCCCAGCGAGUCGGCGUACGACCAGAAGAACAUCAGGCGGCGUGUCUACGAUGCCUUGAACGUGCUCAUGGCCAUGAACAUCAUCUCCAAGGAGAAGAAGGAGAUCAAGUGGAUCGGGCUGCCCACCAACUCGGCCCAGGAGUGCCAGAACCUGGAGGUGGAAAGACAGAGGCGGCUCGAGAGAAUAAAACAGAAGCAGUCGCAGCUUCAGGAGCUGAUCCUGCAGGUAAGGAGGCACCGGCCCAUGGGGCCGAGGCCGCGCUUUCUGCCGAGUCGGCCUCCACAGCCGCCAGCACGGGAGGCAAGUGUCUGCUUCGAGAUUCUGCACGUGGACUUCAGAGGCACGCGCGGAGCUCGCCUCGGAGUUGACGGGGCCACCCCUCCCACCCGCCCGCCCAGGUUCGAGUACCUGUUCAACUUCGACAACACCUUCGAGAUCCACGACGACAUAGAGGUGCUGAAGCGCAUGGGCAUGGCCUGCGGCCUGGAGGCCGGCAGCUGUUCCGCCGAGGACCUCAGGAUGGCUCGGAGCCUGGUGCCCAAGGCGCUGGAGCCGUACGUGACAGAAAUGGCUCAGGGAUCGGUUGGCGGCAUGUUCGUCACGACGGCCGGUUCCACGUCUAAUGGCACGAGGCUCUCUGCCAGCGACCUGACUAACGGUGCGGACGGGAUGCUGGCCACGAGCUCCAACGGGUCGCAGCACAGCGGCUCGCGGGUGGAGACCCCCGUGUCCUGCGUCGGGGAGGACGAGGAGGACGACGAGGACGACUUCCACGAGGACGACGAGGAGGCCUGACGUCCGGCCUGCAGGCGCCUCUGGCUCGGCGUCGGGAGAGUUGUGGGGGGUGACGAGCUCCUGUUAGCCUGGGUUUUCUGUCUCUCUCCGGCCCGCUCCCAAGAGGACCUUGGCCAGCUGUGGAGUUCAGAGCGCACCCCCGGCGAGCAAGGACGGUCCCCGUAGGGCUGGGAUGAGCGUGGACAUGUGUUCUGGCCGUGUGCUGACGCAGCGCCGCCAUUCACUUGUUAGGGCUUUGCGUUCUCAUUUUCUGCUUUGUCUAAACUUCAUUUUUGCCCCUAGCAGUCUUUGCUGAGUUUGCUGAAGAAAUUGUACUUCAUCCACCUUGACGGAAGUAAAACGCGCUCCUGUGCAGAUGCGCGCCAGAUGCGCCGUUUAUUUGUAGUGUGUGUGGACGGUGCCCGCCGGCGGCGGCCCUGCGAGGGGCAUCCCUGUGUGGGGCCGCAGGGUCCCCAGCCCCAGCAGGCAGCCGAGCUCCGCCUCCCACGCGGGCGCCCCCAGUCCCACUCUGACCUUGUGUUCCCUUAAGUUAUACUGACUGUCGUGAGUCCAUCGAGAUGGAGUGGAGUGUUCUCUCUCUCUCUCUCUCUCUCUCUC